GCUAUUGAAUAUUCGAAGUCAGCAAAACGAAGACGCUUCUAGCGACAUUGACAUCGGUAAACCAACAUGGAUCCUCUCGCAUGUCGAGCGGCUGCUCGCAUUCUCGUGCGUUUGCGUCGUUUUCCCAACAGUAGCUGGCGUCAUUAUGCCAGUAAGGCGAGGCCCCGCCCCGAGACUUUGGGCACGUAUCGUGCGCUGCGCCACUUUGACGAGUUCUAUGCGACUGCGUUUGGUGAUGCGUGGCCCUCGGUGCGUCUGGCCCUUCUGUGCCCCAACAAGCCAUGCGCCCUUCCCAACACAUUGGCACUCGACACCGAGGACGUGGAGAAGCGGCUGCGGUCCCUCGGUGCUCUCAGCCUGCGCAACCUGUGUGAGCGCCGUGUGGCCACUGCUGCUAAGCCGGAGGACGGCAAACCUGCCACCAGCUUGGAGCUUGCCGAACCCCCGGUUGAAGAUGCAGCUACUGCCAACAGCGACAGUGCCACAAGCGGAGACCAGAGUUUUGACGAGGGUUCACGCUACAUGUCGGCAAAUGACGCAUCUCCCUCUCUCAUGAGCUUCGUGCCCAGCUCACGGCUUGUCUACCAGGAAGAUCAGAUCAGCGAGGACUCGUACCACGGCUUCUACAAGCCUGAUGCAGACGUGCGCCUGCCCAUCAAGCGCUGGCCACUGGGCGGGGAAACCAUUUUCCGGGGAAAACUGGACGUUUCCAUGUUCCCCACGGGGGACAUUUCAACAUUUCCCCCACCCCGCCGGAGGGGCAAGGAUCGGCUUCUCGAUUAUUACCUGAUGGACGGUGCGUCCGUGCUGCCGGUGCUGGCCUUGGAUCUGCAGCAGGGUGAUGAGCUGGCCGACCUGUGCGCUGCUCCUGGGGGCAAGCUGCUGGCAGCCCUCUGCACGGGACUCCUCGGCAGUGCAGUGGCGUGCGAUGCGUCGUCGUCCCGUGUGAAACAUCUGCGUGAGUGCCUCCAGAGCUACCUGCCAGAGAAGCAGCUGCACAAGGUCUCUGUGCUGCGUCGCAACCUGCUUUCACCGGGCUCUCUGGGCCAGCAGUUUGACAAGAUCCUGCUUGACGUUCCGUGCACCAAUGACCGUCUGUCCGUGGCCGAGGACGACAACAACUGGUUCAGCCAAAAGCGGCAGCACGAACGGCUCGAGCUGCCCCAACAGCAGAUGGAUAUGCUGUGCCAGGCACUGCCCCUGCUGCGCCCUGGUGGCAGCCUGGUGUACUCCACGUGCUCCCUGUCGCCAAUUCAGAACGAUGGUGUGGUGCACAUGGCACUGCAACAGCUCCAGCGCACCAGUUUGGCCCAGUACGUUGUCGUCGACCUGUCCGAGGCAUUCGCCCCGCUACCCUUUCGCUUCUUCGAGGGCUGCCGCUACGGGCAGCUGGCACUGCCAUACCUGCCCAACAAUGUGGGACCGAUGUAUGUGGCACGCAUCGAGCGCAUACACUAAUAACUCCUUGGAUAACCCUGUAUAGAGUGACAUUCUGGGCAAGCAUCCACCAACUGAGGCUGUGGCGGUGACCUGAGAUGGUGCUGAACACAGUUUCAUUGAUGUAGAGGCCAACUAGUCUUUUUAUUGGUCAGUGACACACAGGCCUUGUUCUGAAUGUGAUGUGGUGGAGUGCAUUGUGGUCUGCACACACAUGUGCAGUUAGCUCUUAAAACUUCAGCUUUUCAUUUCCAUUUCAGUAGGGAGGAAUGCAUCUAGCUCCUUGAAAAUAUACAGGCCUUAGUCUGGAGAACGGUAGAUUCGUGGUUCAGUGCACUCGAGAACUGCAGUGCUUUACGUAUGCCAGAGGCAUGUCUGUCUGGAUGCAUUCUGUACCAACGUGUCUGAAGCACAGGUAUUCUUUAAGACUUUUAAAAGCAGCAAGGCCAGUGCUUGUUAUUGCUGCUGGUAGCUGCCAGCAUUAAUGAACUACUGACACUUAUUUUCCAAGUUGUAGCAAUUCUAUUUUACACUUCUCUCACGUAAGAGAAUCACAGUUGGCCAGUAUGAAUGUUGGAAAAUGCUUGUUUAUAAAGCAUUUUAAUACUUAAUCCCUUCUAUGCCACGCUAUUAGUAUUCCAAUUUCUGACCAAAAUGGGCAAGAUGUUUUUCAGAACCCCAGUUGCCAAUGUGUUUUACUUCCUCUGCCACAAUAAACUUGCUCCUGCUUGCAUUGCCACACAAAUAUUGUGCUGCCAUCUACCAGUAGCACGACAAAGCACUGGCACGAUACGAGCUUGUUCAUGGUAUUGCUGGUACCGUUCACAAGCUCAGCUCGCCCUGGCCAUUUUUCCCAGAAACACAUGGACAAACUCAGCUUGUCCACGGCAUAGAAGGGGUUACCGUAUUUCCGGUGUACAAGUCGCAUUUUUUUUUUUUUUGAAUUUUUCUUCGGUGCAUCUUAUAGAACAGUGUGACUUAUGUACAGCUUUUUUUCUCUCUCUCUU